AUGGCCUAAGGAAUUGCAUUUACAAGUAGCUUGCUACACAAUAUAUUUCAAAAAUCUCCCUUAUUAGCUAACGUUAGCUAAUAUCCAGGGGUUUAAAAUUGUAGCUAGCUCGCUAGCUACGUUGGGGGAAAACAUGCAGAAAUAUGAGAAGCUUGAGAAGAUCGGGGAGGGUACCUAUGGCACAGUCUUCAAAGCCAAAAACAGAGAAACCCAUGAAAUAGUAGCUCUGAAGAGAGUGAGAUUAGAUGACGACGACGAGGGGGUUCCAAGUUCGGCAUUGCGGGAAAUCUGUUUAUUGAAAGAACUUAAACAUAAAAACAUAGUAAGGUUGCAUGAUGUUCUACACAGCGAUAAGAAGUUGACGUUAGUGUUCGAGUACUGUGAUCAGGAUUUGAAGAAAUAUUUUGACAGCUGCAAUGGUGACUUGGAUCCAGAGACCGUGAAGUCAUUCAUGUACCAGCUGUUAAAGGGAUUGGGUUUCUGUCACAGCCGGAAUGUGCUGCACAGGGACCUUAAACCUCAGAACCUUCUCAUCAACCGAAACGGGGAGCUGAAGCUGGCUGAUUUUGGGUUGGCACGUGCCUUCGGGAUUCCAGUGAGGUGUUAUUCGGCUGAGGUGGUGACAUUGUGGUACAGGCCGCCAGACGUGCUGUUUGGUGCUAAGCUGUAUUCUACCUCCAUCGACAUGUGGUCGGCGGGCUGCAUAUUCGCAGAGUUAGCGAAUGCUGGAAGGCCCCUGUUCCCAGGGAACGAUGUUGACGACCAGCUGAAGAGGAUCUUCCGGUUGCUAGGGACACCAACAGAGGAGCAGUGGCAAGCUAUGACCAAACUCCCUGAUUAUAAGCCGUAUCCCAUGUAUCCAGCCACAACCUCGCUGGUGAAUGUUGUUCCCAAGCUCAGUGCCACAGGACGGGACCUGCUGCAGAAUCUGUUAAAGUGCAAUCCGGUCCAGCGCAUUUCCGCAGAGGAGGCCUUGCAGCACCCCUACUUUGCAGAUUUCUGCCCCCCGUAGACGUUUGCCAACUUCUGUCUGCUGGACCUCAGUCAGCUACUCUGGUCACUCUGUUCACUCCAUAUCCCUCCGAGGACCCGCUCAAAAGGUCACCCCCCCCCCCCCUCCCCCGGAACAAGGACAUGCUCCCCAGCAUCAUCUUGUGCAUCAUGAAGGAACACAGCCGCCUUGUGGUUUUAGGUUUCUGUCAGUUAUCUGUCUUAUUGUCCAUUUCCCAUUCACUUGGGGACUUCUGCUUUGCGGUGAAGGUUGCAGAGGUAAACACUCGACACAGCAGGCCCUGUCCCCCGGUCACGUGACACUUCGCAGUCCAAUCGCAGUGGGUGAACCGGAGCCUCGUGGGGCUCGAAACCAUUUGAGCCAAUCGCCUUAGCGACGACAACCCGAUUUCCACCUCUCAGAGCCCUUCUCUCUUUCCGCACCGGUGACUUUUGCUUGGUUCAGAUUGGAUAUUUUGUUUCAUUAGCAAACAAUUAGCUGAAAUGCUCUAGUCCUUUCAGAAGUCUUGCCCUGUC